ACAUACGACUCACUUCAGAUCCCGGUUCACUUGCUGUCCAGUCAUGGGGACUUUAACAGACCGUCUAGCUAUACUGGUUCUCCUUUUGUCCACAGCAUCAAACGUCUGCGAUUCCAAUAUAUGCACAUCACGAGGGGUCACAACAUGUCAACAGUGUCUGGCUGUUCACCCGAGCUGUGCAUGGUGCUCUCAGGAGGAGUUUGGGAAAGGGGCAUCUGGCACAUCUCGCUGUGACCUAAAAGAGAAUCUACUGAAAGAAGGAUGCAGCGCAGCGUCACUGGAGAUUCCCUCCAGCACCCUCACUAUUCAGCAGGAUGUGCCGCUUAGUGACAAGGCAUCAGGAACAGCUAAAGAUGUUACUCAGAUCAAGCCUCAAAAACUCCAGAUGACUCUAAGACUAGGUGAUGCCAAACGUUUCACUGUGUCUGUGAAACAGGUGGAGGAUUAUCCCGUGGACCUCUACUAUCUGAUGGAUCUCUCAUAUUCAAUGAACGAUGACUUGGCUCGCCUUGUCACCUUGGGCAAUGAUCUUGCUGCAGCCAUGGGCAAAAAAACAAGCAACCUGCGUAUGGGGUUUGGGGCCUUUGUGGACAAGACUAUGUCCCCAUACAUGUACACUUUUCCUUCACAGGCAAUCAGUAAUCCGUGCUAUGGGAUUGGUGUACAAUGCCAGGCUCAGUUCAGUUUCAAGAAUGUGCUGUCACUGACAGAGAAGGUAUCUCGCUUCACUGAGGAGGUGAGGAAACAGCAGAUAUCGAGAAACAGGGAUGCUCCAGAGGGUGGCUUUGAUGCUGUCAUGCAGGCGGUGGUGUGCAAGGAUAAGAUUGGCUGGCGUCCGGAUGCGUCGCAUCUUCUGGUGUUUACCACUGAUGCCAAAACUCAUACUGCUCUGGAUGCGCGCAUAGCUGGUGUUGUCCAACCGAAUGACGGACAGUGUCACCUUGAUAGUGACAAUCUUUACAACAAAUCUACAGUGCUGGACUAUCCCUCUUUGGGGCUCUUAACGGAAAAAAUGACCGAAAACAACAUAAAUUUAGUUUUUGCUGUGACCAACUAUGUGAUACCACUUUACGAUGAAUACAGUAAGCUUAUUCCAGGCACAACCGUGGGAACUCUUUCUGAUGAUUCUGGGAAUGUUAUUCAGCUAAUUGAGCAGGCAUAUGCGAAAAUUCGGUCUAAAGUGGAGCUGGAGCUGUUGAAUGUCCCAGAGGAGUUAAAUCUCUCUUUCAAUGCCACUUGUCUAAAUGGAGAGGUCAUCCCCGGAAUUAAGUCCUGUACUGGUCUCAAGAUCGGAGACACAGUGUCAUUCAGUGUUGAGGCUCAGUUGCGGAGCUGUCCUAAGGAGAAGAGUCGCACCUUUACCAUCAAACCUCUCGGCUUCAAAGAUGCCCUUGAGGUUACGGUGGAUUUUGCCUGUGGUUGUGAGUGUGAGACAAAGGCACAAGCCAACAGCCCCCUCUGUAGCAACGGCAACGGGACCUUCGAGUGUGGUGUUUGUCAGUGUCACCCAGGUCGGCUGGGCCCGCAUUGUGAGUGCUCACUUGAAGACUACAGUCCAUCUGAUAAUGCCAACUGCAUCCGGGAACCAGAGGGCCCAAUCUGCAGUGGAAGAGGCGACUGUCUGUGUGGACAAUGCUCGUGUCAUACGAGUGAGUUUGGUCAGGUGUGGGGAAAGUACUGUCAAUGCGAUGACUUCAAUUGUCUGCGCUUUAAAGGAGCUCUGUGUUCUGGUCACGGGAAAUGUGAUUGUGGGGUGUGCAAGUGUGACGCAGGAUGGAAAGGAGAAAACUGCAACUGCACCACGCGCACAGACACCUGCAUGUCCAGCACUGGUUCCCUGUGCAGCAGCCGGGGUAUCUGUGAUUGUGGAGUUUGCCUUUGCACUCAGCCUGGUGCCUACGGAGCCACCUGUGACAAAUGCCCCACCUGCCCUGACGCCUGCACACUAAAAAAGGAGUGUGUUGAUUGUCUGCACUUCAAGAGAGGACAGUACAUCAAAGACAACAGCUGUAAUAGAAUGUGCACAGAUGAAAUUGAAGUAGUGGAUAACCUGGCGGAAAAACGCAAUGGAGUAAACUGCUCGUACAAAGAUGAGAACGACUGCGUGCAGCACUUCCAGUAUUAUGUAGAUGAUGGCGGCAAAUCCAUUCUGCGUGUUGUGAAAGAACCAGAGUGCCCGCCUGGUGCUGACAUCUUGGUGGUGUUGCUGUCGGUGGCUGGAGCCAUUCUGCUACUGGGCCUUGUUGGCUUGCUCAUAUGGAAGCUGCUGGUCACAAUCAAAGAUCGUAGAGAGUUUGCCAAGUUUGAGGAGGAGAGAGCCAAAGCCAAAUGGGAUACGGCUAACAAUCCUUUGUACAAAGGAGCCACCUCCACCUUUACCAAUGUAACAUAUCGAGGAAACUAACGACUAAUGGCCAAGAAGAAAAUCUCAGGGGUCAACGGCAAAGAUGGAAUGUAGCAGCACAGAAAUGGAUUGCAAAGAACAUACUUUACACUGUCAUGUGACCAGCUACUGUAGCUGAAAAAGCAGUUAAUGCUGUCAACAACUUGAUGUAAUGAUUGUACAUAAUAUAAAAGGAAAAAAACAAAACAAAAUGUUUUGUUAUAAAUCACAGAUGGUUGUGUUCUUAGAAGGGUCUUGGGUCUUAGAAGGCAUUCUGUUUCUACACUGUUUCACUUCUGGUGUAUUCUAAAAUACUAAAUGUGCAUUUAAGAGAAGGAGAGCCGGCUGUUACUGUGGUUUCUCAUUUUUCUCACCACUGCAAUAUUUUUUAAGAUGAAUAUUUCUGUACACCCAUUACCACUUCUCCUAUUUCCUAAUAGCCAGUUACAGUAGCAGCAAUGAAACUGCAAGAAUGCAGCUAUUUUUUAAAAGCCACUGCAGAUCUAGUUUAUAGUGAUGUCUGUGAUAUACACUGUAUUUUAACCUCCUAGGACCUGGUGUCCACAUAUGUGGACAUCACAUUUUGAUUUUGGGCCUGAUAUCCACUUAUGAGGACAUUAUACUGCCACUGUUCUAUCAAAAUUUAAAGUGAAUGUCCUCAUAUGUGCAUCUCAUUUUUCUCAGAAACAAAAAUCAGGUAAAAAAAAAAAAGAAAAUCACGUAAUUCUUUGUUUUUACAUUCAUCAGGUCCCAAUCAGCCCAAAUAGCAAAGAGAAAUUAAAAAUGCAUGCCAUGAAAAAGUUUGGGUCUUAGAAGGUUAAAUGCAAAAAAGAAAUUGCCACUUCAAUAAACUUAUAGCAUAAUUCUAUAAAGAUUUUCUUCUAUUUUGGUGCUUUUGGGGAUUUUUUAUACAUAUUUUUUUUCUUUUGUAAAAUAUAUAACUUAUUCUGUGCUCUGUUGUGCCUUUGCUUUUGUAAAUGCAAGUUUGAUUUGAUUCAGUUCUGUACUGACCACCACUGUGCCACACUUUUUUAGCCUCUCUGAAAUGUGACGUACAUUUUGGUUUUACAUUUGUGGUUCUCUCAGGAUGUUUGCAUUUUUUUCACAUCUUUUAAAGUUGUUAGCAGUUAAGGUGAAGACACAAAUAUUCAAGCAACUUUUGUGUGUCACUUAAUACCUGUUUUUCUUUGAAAAAAUGUAUAUAUUUUUUUUUUGCUUAUUAAGAUCUGACUUAUAACAGAAAAAUGAAAUUGCAAUGAAAUUGCAAUAAACAUUCACUC